AGGUGUAGCGCCUACCACGGCAUCGCCUCCAAGAGACAACAAGAAAAUUGUUGGACAUCAAGAAGAUGACCCCACUGAAGCUGCCUUGGGUUCGCCGAAGCGAGUGUCGUUUAGCGUGCACGGGGAAGAGACGACGACAGCGAUUGAAGGUGGACCCUCAACACCUACAGCAGUGGAUUAUGGCUCUUACAACCUUUUGAUGCCCGAUGAUAUUGAGUCGUGGUGGACUCUUCUAGAAAAAAUUAUUUAGAUUUUACUAGAAAAAAUGUAGAAGAUCGUAGAAGAUCAUGUUCUUUAUCUUCAUUGCCUCCUAUCAUAUUGUCUCGACUUCAGUCUGGUUUAGAGAUUUUUUUCUGCGUUUGCGUCUCACCAACGCGACUUCAUCUUCUAAUUAGAAAAUGCGGUGGCGCUUGGGGCACGAUCGCCCCA